AGCCAUCAUACGCAAGACGCACCCUGAAGAGAGUGAGGAAGAACGCUCGUGGAAGCGUUAUGCAAGCGUUCAAUCAUAGAAGCAGUCACGAUACAGCAGAACGCCCACGUGCGGAAUCUCAACCGGAGCAAGAGAUAGCACCGCGAGUUCCGAAUGAAGCCCUCGAAGCACCAGAUGAAGCAACCGUUAACGCCGCUCUGGUAAUUUUUUUGAGGUCGUUUUCUAAUCUUGUCAGAGAGUCAAAGUUCGAAUUCUUCUUUCAGCGUGUUUCGUUCACACCAACCUUUGGGAAAUGUUCUUUUACGGCAUACACCGACGGAGCCUUUCGAAGCUUAGAGCAGAUCCCGGAGCAGGUUUUGGCAAUCCUGGAAGUAAAGAAAGCAUCAAGACGAUCGAAACGGAUGUCAAUACAGAUGCAAGAAACUGCAGAGAUGGUCGGCUGGUUGAUGACAUCGACUAUAGACCAGAAGUUCAUGAAUAAUCAUCCUGUCAUUAUCUCGCAGGACUACAAUGAACUUUACAUCACUUUCGCAUCCUAUCACCAGGAUUAUCUCGACUACCUCAAAAAAGAGAAUGCAAAGAUCACCGAGAACACGUACUUGAGUCUACAGACCUACGGACCAUUCUUUACAGGAAACAGGGAUGAUAUGGAGAGAUUUGCAACUCUUAUUGUUGCUAUGACGCUGGCUGCUAAAUAGCCUCGUGAAUUGAGUACCGAGUACUUCGAACAAAUCCGGACGUCUAUCGAUGCAAAUACAGCUACUCUCAUAGAGGAAAUUUAGUGAUGAUUAUUACUCCCAGAAUCCCACCGUGAUGAGAAAACUGCUACUAUCACCAGCUUCAAUGUAUGUAUGUCGUAUGUCAGAUCUCACUGUUACAGCGUUGGUUGGGG